AAAUAAUACUCAUUAGUGUUGUUGUAAAAUGUGAUUUCAAAAGGCACACGACUCUAGAAAAGAGAGAGGUUGGUUGAAUCUAGCUCCGUUAAAAAGUAUAGUAAACACCUUAUUUACAGGCUUAAAUUUACGUUAAAGGUUAUUAUGACAAUCUUUUAGUCCAUCUCAAGCAUAUAAUAAAAUAGAUGGAUUACAAAUUUAACGAACAAUACCAAUUAGAUAAAAAGAAACGAUGUGUGCGAUCUGACGGCAAGGAAGGCACGUUUCCAGAGAAGUAGUUGGGGAAUCCAGACCAAGAAAAAAUGAAAGGGAUAACAUUUUAUUUCCUUGGAUUGAUGGUUAUUCAAAAGCAUGUUUUAAGUCAGAAGUGGUUCAACAUCACAUCAGAAUUUGCUGAUAUUCCAGUUAACAAUGGAUCCAGAGUCGGUGUGAACUUGCAGAUAGAGCUCAACCAGAUGAUUGUUAAUUCAAUUAAAAUGAAUAUAGAGAUGACUUACUUCAUGAGGCUUAGAUGGCAGGAUGACAGAUUCAUUAGAUCUGACAGUGUAGAUCCAGAAAACAACUAUAUCACAUUGUACGGUACAGAUUCGGACUGGACUAAACUAUGGUUACCAGAUAUUUUUAUGGUCAAUGAAAUACCAGCAGGUAUUUUCGAUGUUGUUCCAACUGAUUUUAUACGAAUUUAUGAGAAUGGUACACUCACGAUAUCAAGAAGACACGUUGCUUUAUUCUAUUGUUCGAUCCGAUUGUUCAAAGUUCCAAUGACAGACGAGAUAUGUCCUAUACAGUUCCAAAGCAAUUCUUAUACAGUGGAUGAAAUGGAGUUAUCUUGGUUUGAAGGCAUUUCUAUCGUUUACUCCGAUGACUUCUUCUCAAUGAAUUCUAAAGUAACAAGAACAGAGACUUCAAAAUGUUCUGGUGGAGCCUCAAUGGCUAAAGAGAGAAGACCUUGUUUGAAGCUGGAACUAAACAUUCAUCAGGUGUAUAAAGGAUUUGUUCUACAAGUGUACUUACCUGGAGGUGCAAUAGUUAUAAUGUUGUGGUUAGGUUUCUUUAUUCACUUGAACGAGGUUUCAGCUCGAGUCCGCGUAGUAUCGAUUGGAUUUACAGCAAUGAUCACACAAAUGGUGGGAGUAAUGAUCGUUUUUCCUGACACAGUACAUUACUACAAUUAGAACCAUUAUUGGCAUGGAAUGUAUUUUGUUUAUGCAUGAAUCUUCUAGCUUUUAUAGAGUUCAUUGUAGUUCAUAAUAUGUAUAUCACACGUGAACUGUGGAAAAAACAAAAUAAAGAAAUAAAAGUAAGCAGACCUAGAAUCACUCAAAUACAACCGGUAAACGUCGAAGAUGGUAAAGUUCAGACAAUGAGAUCAUCGUACUGCAUUACCCCAUACAGAAUGGAUAAAAUAUGUAUGGUUCUCUUCAUUUUAACUUUUAUUAUAUUCAAUGUUGUUUAUUGGAGCACAUUCAUGUUGGUUUGAAAACUAGACUAUAAGUUGGUCCUUAAGAACAAUAUUAUUAAACCAUUUCGUAUUCUUU